AUGAAGACGUUGACACCUUGGCAGCAAGUUCUCUAUCGGCUCGUUCAGCUGAUCGCCUCGUGGUUCCCAGAUCCCGCGGAACGUUCCAUUUACCAAGAUGCUGCAAUUGACUUCCGCAUUCCGUACUGGGACUGGGCCACACCGCCGCCACCUGGAGAGAUGGUCUACUUAUCGGAGUUCGCAGAGCCGGGGAUCCAAGUGUACGGCCCCAGAGGAUGGCAGUUCAUCGCGAACCCGCUGCAUAGUUACAAAUUCCGGCCGCUUGACCCAGAAGUAUUUUCCGAAGGCGAUUUUCCGCGUUGGACAGAGACGAUGCGAGCGCCCUUCGAGACAUCAGACAACCAGAGCAUUGCGCACGCAGUCGAGCAUGCCAGACCAGCGCUUCAGCAACGUCUCUACACGCUCUUAUCGAACUAUAAGGACUAUGGACCCUUCAGCAACAAGUACUGGGGCAUAGCAACAAAUCAGUCUCAAUACGACUCCAUAGAGUCACUCCACGACGCCAUGCAUGUUCUGGUUGGUAACCGCGGCCAUCUCUUCUAUAUCCAGUACUCGGCGUUCGAUCCCGUCUUCUUUCUGCACCAUACUAUGGCCGACAGAAUUGUUGCGAUGUGGCAAGUCCUGUACCCAAUGUCUUGGGUGUCCGCUCAAGUCGCCGCGGAACACUCUUUCACGAUGCCACCAGGAUACGCCCAAGACGCGUUUACAGAACUCAAGCCAUUCUAUGCAGACGUCAACGGCACUUUCUGGAAUUCAGCAAUGGCAAGGGACACCUCGGCCUUCGGGUACUCGUACGCCGAGACUAGCGCCAGCCCAGGGAGUAACCUGGCCGAGAACCAGGCGCGUCUCAUAGCAACCAUCAACCGGCUCUAUGGGCCUUCCAGCUCCUCUCACCCAGCCCGGAAGAGAAGGAGAACGGCAACAGGAAGAGAUCCGGGCGCCCGUGACCAGGUUACAAAAGGGACGAUUUCCAGCAAGAAGGUGAUGGAUUUUUCCCACGACGUAGACUUCGUUUCCAAAGUAGUUACGGAAGCCACCAUGUACACCGAAUGGGUUGCCAACGUACACGUCCAGAAUGGGGCGCUGAACGGCUCGUUUACCGUUCAUUUCUUUCUUGGCGAAGUGCCCGAAGACACAACUUCCUGGUUGGCUGCACCAAAUUUGGUGGGAUCGAUGCCAGUAUUCGCAAUGAAAAACAUGGGUUCGGGUAACCAUAUUUCGGGGACUGUCCCUCUGACGUCUGCUUUAAUGCAUUUGGUGUUGGCAGAAGUCAUCUCCGGGCUUGAUUCCAAGGAGACCGAGCCUUACCUUGAGGAGAACCUCAGAGUCCGCGUCAUCGGAGAAGAUGGAGCGGAGAUACCCGUGGACACCAUCAACAGCUUACACAUUCAAGUCGCAAGCUCACAUGUUCGGGCAGCCAGGAGCGAAUGGGAGCUUCCAAGUUGGGGUACCGUAGUGGAGAGGUUCGUGAUGCGCCACGGUUGA